AUGAUUAAAGGUCUGCUUGUUCGACUUUCAGGAGUUCUCGGGAACUGCCCCCUGGUGCAGCCGCCUCAGUGGGGCGCGGUGAGAGAGAGGGUCCUUAAAGAUGGCACUCUGCAGACCGUAUACUCGUGUGAACCAGGCCGUAGAUUGAAGGGCCAUAAAAUACUGACUUGCACCGCCGACGGUUGGAAUCAUCCUAUCCCGAAAUGCGUCCCUUAUGACAGUAGAUUCCGACACUUUCGCAACGACCUUUAUCAAGGCGAUGAUCCAAUUUCAACGACAACGUUGGAGGAAAAAGUUGCAAGGGAUCGGGUGAAAGCGCGCAAGAGAAUCGGUGAGCUGAAGAAACGAAGAAAAGAGAAGAAGAAACGCAAGCAAAUCGCCGGGAAAUCCUUAUCCGAAUCGCCUCUAGCGUCACCAGUCGCUGCCUUAAAUGAAACAAUAAUGUCGAGGUUGGAUCUGAGCUGCUUCAUGAAAGCUCGCAAGAAGGGAUUUGCGAAAGCCCCCCAUGUUGAACACGCGUAUCCAGUGAAAUAUGCCAGGAGGAAAAAUGUACUGCCCCCGUACAAUCGAUACCUUGUCGCAGUUUACGAGUGCACAGAGGGUUUCGUUUUCGAGGACUCAAUGGCGGAUCGGCUCUUUUGCAGCGAUGCCACUUGGUUGGGCGUUCUUCCGCGUUGUAUAAAGGACGGAAAAGGAACACUCAACAGCGUGAAACGUUGCAAUCAAGACAGGGGAGGAUGCGAGCAUAUAUGCGAAAACACUGAGACAGGUGUGAAGUGUACGUGCUUCGAUGGAUAUCGCCCGAAAGGAUAUGCCUGCCUAGACAUUGACGAAUGCGUCGAAAGUACAGCUGGUUGCGCUCAAAUCUGUCACAACGAGCCUGGGGCCUUCCGUUGUGAAUGUCACCCCGGUUAUCAGUUGGGAACCGACAGUAAAACAUGUCACGACGUUAACGAGUGCCUCCUAAAUAAUGGGCACGGCCCGUGCCAAGGUACUUGUGUCAAUCUUGAAGGGAGCUACGAGUGUAACUGCUCCGACAUUCCCGGACACAAAUUGGCGUCGGAUAAUCACACCUGCGAGGAUAUCGACGAGUGUGCCACGAACAACGGGGGAUGUUCUCACAUUUGCUUGAAUACACCUGGAAGCGCUUUUUGCCUCUGCCCUGAUGGCUUUUUUCUGACGAACGAUUGGAAAAUAUGCCAAGAUAUAAAUGAAUGUGAAAACGCGUCGAAAGUGUGUUCGAAUAACACCGAGUGCGAGAAUAGCAUUGGUUCGUAUAAAUGCGUGAGCAAGCCUCAUAAGAUGACAAAAGUCCUCCAAGACGAAGAUUACGAUGCUGAAGACGACGAUGAUGACGAUGAUUACGACGAAGAAGGCGUCACUGAUAUUCCAGAAUUCGGAAAAUGCGAGGGGGGCUUUAAGAAGAAUAAAAAUGGCGAGUGCAUUGAUAUCGACGAAUGUGUCGAAGGUGAGGAAGGCGAACCCCAUGGCUGCGAGCAACAGUGCGUAAACGAGCCCGGCGGUUAUUAUUGCGCGUGCCGUUCUGGGUUCCAGCUCCGCGAGGACGGUGUGUCUUGCAAUGAUGUCGACGAGUGCAAGGAAACGCCCCCGCCGUGCUCCCACGGUUGCAAUAACACCGAAGGCUUUUACAGCUGCACCUGUCCCCCGGGGCACAGCUUGAAAGGCGAUAACGCUAGUUGCGUUCAGGCGCGAACAUGCGAGACACUGACAACACCUUGUUCUUACGAGUGUCAGGAAUCAAAGACCGGGCCGAUAUGUGUUUGUCCUGCGGGAUAUCAGCUGCUGGAUGACGAAGUCAGCUGUUCGGACAUCGACGAGUGCGCUCUAAGCUUGUGCUCCCAUUCCUGCGUCAAUUUAAAGGGUAGCUUCACCUGCGUCUGUCCAGCUGGCCUCGGAACUCUCCAGGACAACAAAUUCAACUGCACGGACAUCGACGAAUGCGCGGAAAGUGUCCACGAUUGUGAGCAUGAUUGUACAAACAUCCACGGUAGCUACUUGUGCGCCUGUCGACGUGGAUUCGUCUUGAACGACGAUAGAAAGACGUGCCGUGAUGUGGAUGAGUGCAAGACCGAAGAACAUAAGUGCUCCCAGAUCUGUGUGAACACUCUGGGAGCCUACAAUUGUUCGUGUGUCAACGGAUAUGAGCGUUCCGAGGAUGGGUACACCUGCAAGGAUAUCGAUGAGUGUGUCACCAAUGAACACAAAUGUUCGCACGAAUGCGUUAACGAGGAAGGCGGCUAUAAAUGUAGAUGUCCGGCAGGAUUUGUGCUCGGGGACGAUUCGAAACGUUGCUUGGAUGUCAACGAGUGUGUGGAAGGAACUUAUCGAUGCUCCCAUGAGUGCAUGAACGUGGAAGGAUCGUACGAAUGUGCCUGUCCUGGGGGAAUGAGUCUCUCAGAGGACAAGAAACAGUGCAUUGCCAUCGACGUUUGUAAUUUUGCCAACUGUUCCCAUAUAUGCGAGCGGGUACACGAUACGUACAAGUGUAGCUGUCCUGACGGUUACAUGCUGCAGGAUGAUGGUAAGACAUGCAAGGAUUUUGAUGAGUGUCUAGAAGAUGAACACGAUUGCUCCCACAAGUGUGUGAAUACACUGGGUAGUUACAGGUGUGCUUGUCCAGAUGGUCUGAGGCUCUUGCAAGAUGGUUUGACAUGUAACGUUGUCUUGUGUCCAGAUGGACUUCGAGAGGACGAACAUGGUCAGUGUCAGGACAUCGAUGAAUGCCUACCAGAUGACAACCACUGUUCACAUAUUUGCAAGAACGAGUACGGCUCCUAUCGUUGCUCCUGUCCUCCAGGCUGGACUUUAAUCGAGGAUGGAGUUACGUGUGUUAUUGGUGACCCUUGCUCGAAUGCAACCUGUUCCCAUUACUGCGUGGUUAUUGGGUCGGGUCAUCGGUGCGAGUGUCCCCUGGGGUAUAGGCUGGGUCGCGACAGCUCAACUUGCGAGGACAUUGACGAGUGCCAUGAGAACUCCAGCAACUGUCAAUUCUCUUGCAAGAACAAGGAAGGAUCUUACUCGUGCGGUUGCCAGAGCGGGUAUCAACUCGCGGCAGACAAUCAAAGUUGCAUCGAUAUCGACGAAUGCGUGGAAGAGCGCCACAACUGUCUCCAUGGCUGCAUAAACCAAGAAGGGAGUUACGAAUGCUCGUGUCAGCCUGGAUACGUGUUCUCCCAGGAGGAACGAGAGUGUAAGGACAUCGACGAGUGUCAGGAUACCCAGCAAAAACACCAUUGCUCCCACGAGUGCGUGAACGCCAUCGGUAGUUACAGUUGCAGUUGCCCUCCUGGUUGGAAGCUGCACGAGGAUUUAAGGAAUUGCCGAGUACUAAGCGAUGUCAAUUGCUCUCACACCUACGAGCAGAAUGAAGACGAGAUUCGUUGCGGAUGUCCUGAAGGACUCGAGCUAGGAGAGGAUCAGAAAACGUGCGGAGACGUGGACGAGUGUGCCGAGCAGCUUCACUCGUGCAGCCACGCCUGCGUGAACACGAAGGGAUCGUACUACUGCGAAUGCCCUGCUGGCUUUCGAUUAAAGGAGGAUAAAGCAUCCUGCGAAGACAUCGAUGAAUGCGCGUUGAAUAAUGGCGAAUGUUCCGACAACUGUAUGAACACUGAAGGUAACUUCAAUUGCACCUGCUCUGAAGGCUACGAAUUAGGCGAUGACAAGAAGACCUGUCAGGACAUUGACGAGUGUGCCAAGAAUCUCCAUACGUGUUCCCAUGAAUGUGAGAACCUUGACGGCGAUUAUACUUGCUCCUGUCCCGAGAAUCUGCUCCUUGGACAGGACAAUAAAACAUGUGUCGACUCGGACCUGUGCGCUGUGCCGCACAACUGCAGCCACACGUGUGUAAAUGUCCUCGGUGGUUACAGUUGCGAGUGUCCUGACGGCUUCGAAUUAAGCCCCGACAGUCGAACGUGCCAGGAAAUUGAUUUUUGCGCGGGUCAACACAACUGCUCCCAUGAGUGUGUUAGCGGGCCGAAGGGUUUUCAGUGCCAGUGUCCAGCGGGGUAUGAUUUGUCCAAGGACAACAGGACUUGCGAGGACAGGAACGAGUGCGAAGAGGCGAACAACGAGGCAAACAACGGCUGCUCUUAUUCCUGUGUAAACACCGACGGGAGCUUCAAGUGUGGAUGCCCGGCCGGCUAUCGACUAGCCGAGGAUCGAAGGACCUGUGAAGACAUCAACGAGUGUAUCGAGGACAACGGCGGCUGCUCUCAUCUCUGUGCCAACAUCGAAAGCGGCGUUGAGUGCGCCUGUCCCGACAAUUACAGGCUGUUGGAGGACGAUAGAAAAACUUGCGUAGAAAUUGACGAAUGUUUAAUCGACAAUGGCGGUUGUUCCCACUUGUGCCAUUACGAGAACGGCAGCGUGUCCUGCUUCUGUCCCUCGGGAAUGCUAAUUAAUGAGGAUAACGUCACUUGCGUCGAGGAGAGCAAGUGUUACGUCGAGAACGGUGGCUGCUCUCAUUUCUGUAACUAUGACUCUGGAAAAGUGUCUUGCGCUUGUCCACCGGAAAUGAUCCUCUCUGAGAACGGUACCGACUGCGAAGAACGGAACAAGUGUUUUAUGAACAACGGUGGCUGUUCUCACGACUGUAAUUACGCGGAAGGUGAGGUGUUCUGCUCCUGUCCGCCAGGGAUGAUCCUCUCGAACGAUAAGCUUCUUUGUAUAUACGAGAAUAACUGUCUCAUUGACAACGGCGGCUGUUCGGAUAUUUGUGUCUUUAGCGACGGUUCUACCAGGUGUGAGUGUCCAUCAGGAUUUCAGUUAUCGGUGAUAGAUAAUGCCACGUGCGUUGAUGUUGACGAAUGUUUAAACCUGAAGGACAAUUGUACGCACAAGUGUAUAAAUAUCCCGGGUGGGUACGAAUGUGCCUGCAACGACGGUUUUAAUAUCAACUCCAUCGAGCCAGCAUUCUGUGACGAUAUCGACGAAUGCGAGGAUAACAACGGAGGAUGUUCGCAUACAUGCCUGAACCUCGUAGGAUCAUUUCGUUGCUCCUGUCUGUCAGGAUAUCUUCUCGAGAAUAACAAUAAAACUUGCAGACUGGUCGACGGUUGCAAACAGAACAAUGGGAAUUGUUCUCACCAUUGUCACUACGACGAAGCCAUCGAAAAGACACACUGCUCUUGCCCAUUAGGAUUUAGACUGAAACAGGAUCAAACGACCUGUGAGGACAUUGACGAAUGCGAAGAAUUCGAGAACGAUGUUGAGCUUGGAUGCUCGCAUGUUUGCAAGAACACAAACGGUUCCUACUACUGCGAGUGUCCUUCUGGCUACAUCCUCCUACCGGAUGACAAGAAAAGCUGUAUCGACGUGAACGAGUGUUUGAACAGCCAGCAUAACUGCAGCCAUGAUUGCCUGAAUCUCCUGGGGAGCUACGUGUGCUCUUGCUACGAGGGACACUAUUUGCAUUCGGACAAGUCCACUUGUCUUGACAUCGACGAGUGCUUCGACAGGAACGGCGACUGCUCGCAUCAGUGCACAAACACUAUCGGUGGCCACUUCUGCUCUUGUCCCACCGGAUACGAGCUGUCGCAGGACGAGAGGACCUGCGUCGAUGUGGACGAGUGUGAGACUGGGGUAGCCGCGUGUUUCCACAAAUGCGUUAACACCCUCGGCUCAUUCACUUGCACCUGUCCCGAGGGCCACGUGCUGGCUAACGACUCCCGAAAUUGUGUGGACGUAGACGAGUGCGAACUGAACAAUGGUGGGUGUUCGCAUGCCUGCUUCAACGUCGUAGGUGGUGUCAGGUGUAGCUGCCCCGUAGGAUUGCGUAUAGACGAGAACGGGAAGACCUGCAAUGAUAUCGAUGAGUGCCUAACGGAGAACGGCAGUUGCUCGGAUAUCUGCGCUAACUUGGAAGGCAGCUUCGUGUGUCGUUGCUCGAGUGGAUUUCGCUUGGACAUGGAUUCCAAGACUUGUCUGGAUAUUAACGAGUGCGAAAUGGAGAAUGGUGGCUGUUCCGAUGUAUGUGCCAACUUCGAGGGCAGCUAUCAUUGCGAAUGUCCGAUUGGUUAUCGUUUGAAAGACGAUCGGAUGACUUGUUUGGAUAUCGAUGAAUGCGAGAAUAAUAACGGCGGUUGUUCGCAUUUUUGCGUGAAUGAACAAGGAUCGUAUCGUUGCGACUGCCCUGUUGGGUAUCAGUUCAGGAAUGAAUCGUGCCUUCUUGUUGAUCCUUGUGAGAGUGAUAAUGGUGGUUGUGAGCAUAUUUGCAAAGUGGAAAAUGGUUCAGCUGUUUGUAGUUGUAAAGACGGCUUCCGGUAUGAUGAGACUGAUCGCAAAAAGUGCAGAGAUAUUGACGAAUGUAGCGGGCAACACGGAUGCGAUCAAGACUGCGUGAACACAGAUGGCUCUUUCGAAUGCAGGUGCAAAGAAGGUUUCGAGAUGCAGAAUUCUACUUGUGUCGAUAUCAAUGAAUGCGCGAGUGGACACUGCAAGGGGAGUAUGUGCAUAAACACUUAUGGUAGCUUUCGGUGUGAUUGCGAGGCUGGAUACCGAUUGGACGAGGAGAAUUGUGUAGAUAUAAAUGAAUGCGAAUGGAACAAUGGUAGAUGCGAACAGAAUUGCAUCAAUACAAUAGGAUCUUACGUGUGCGGUUGUCAUAGUGGCUUUAUAUUGGAUGAAAGAAACAGAAGCCAGUGCCAAGAUAUAAACGAGUGCUUGAACCGUAACGGGGGCUGCAACGGUGAAUGCGUUAACACAGCCGGAAGCUACUACUGUACGUGCAACGGUGACUUGGUGUUGGCUUCCGACGAGAGAACUUGCGUUUCAGCGGAAUUAAGAUGUCGGGCCAUGGAACCGCCGCUCCACGCUGAAAUCAGAUGUCCCGGUCAUUCUUCCGGGGCAGUGGAUUAUCCCGUUGGAGCCAGAUGUCAUAUACGAUGCCGAAGGGGUUUCAGGUUGGAAGGACCGCACACGAGGUAUUGCAUGGCUGGCGACCGAUGGAACGGGAAGGAACCCACUUGUAUUCAAGAAUCGAUCGUGACCGAUCCUCGUUACCAUUCCGACAUGCCGCGGCCGUUCGUGAGGUGUCCCCGAGACAUGGACGUGGAACUACCCGCGAGACAGAACACGAUACGCGUCUCAUUUCCCCAGCCUAAGUCCAACAUGAACUGGUGGAGGUACGUAGAUGCAUCACCAUCUUGGGCAAAGCAAUUGCAAGCGGAUUUACCAGCCGGUACAACGAUUGUCACGUUCACGGCCUGGUCACCCGUGUCGAAUUAUACCAGCACGUGUCGGAUUGUGAUACGGGUUCGAGACACCGAGAAUCCGAAAGUUUCGACGUGCCCGACGUCCUUUGAAGUGCGGCUAAGCUCCGGCGAACGAAAUCGCUUAAUAUUCUGGCAGGAACCAACGUUUACAGACAACGUCGCCGUCGAGCGGGUCUACAAAACGAGGGAACCCGGACAACUGAUGUACCCGGGCAUUCACAACGUGCGCUACGUCGCUUCCGACGCAGCCGGAAAUCGAGCCGAAUGCCAUUUCUCGAUACACGUGCGAGAAUCCGAGCAUCGUCGAGAUUCCGAGCCGCGAUACUACAGAAGAAGGGUGCUGAUGUGCCCCGGUAGACCACCGCAGCCGAUAUCAUCAACUGUUUACGGGGUAAGUAUGCCUGUCCUCUUCCAAGCCAACGCGAACAGGAUGAGAGGCACCAAGUUGAAUUCACCUAAUUCGAUUUUCAAUGGCAGAUACCGAACGGAUGCUAUCUGAGGUACACGAGGAUCUUCUCCGGGGCGUACGCGAUCCAAAACUAUCGAGGACAGAGACAGAACGGUUACCAGGACACGAGGUCGGCUUAUCACCAGAUUCAUCCGAUCCAUGGAAACCAAGGACACCUGCAGCCAUCUAGAUCGUAUCCACUCGGCGACUGUAAGUACCGCAUAUGCCUAA